AUGAAGCAGCGAGCACGGACUGCAGCGCUCUCUAGAUUUUGCAGCACGACCAGCAACUCGGGGGCUUUAGUACUGCUGGCGACAGACGUGGCGGCUCGAGGGCUAGACUUCCCCGAUGUCUAUUGGAUUCUUCAGCUGGAUGCCCCUCAGAAUCCCGAGAUGUUCGUACACCGCAUCGGCCGGACGGCGCGUGCGGGUCGACGGGGCGCAGCGCUGCUGCUGCUGCUGCCUCAUGAAGAUGCGUACGAGGCCUUUCUAGUCAACAGAGGAGUCAGCCUGUCUCCGUUUGGUAACACAGAGGAAGGGCAGCAGAUGCAGCGCGUAGCCGCCGCAGUAGGAGACGCAGACACUCCAAAUGCGUUCCUGGCCAAGAGCGAAACUUCUGAAGUGAACAAGACACUGCAGGAAGCUGUGCAAGAGGACCAAGCCCUAGUCAAGAAGGGCUCUCGCGCGUUUGUGUCGUUCAUCCGCGCUUACAAGGAACACCAGCUGUCUUUCUUACUCCCUUUUGCGCAGCUGAACCUUGGGCGUCUAGGAAUGUCCAUGCGGCUGCUGCGGCUGCCGCGCAUGCGCGAGAUUGUGGGGAAAAGCCUCAAAGAUUUUGUGCAAAGCGACAUAGACCCCGCGACGGUGCCCUUCAAACACGACGAGAGGAGGGAGCGAGAGAGGCAACAGCAGCUAGAGCAGCUUUUCGCAAAGCGAGAGCAACUGAAACACGCCAGAGAAAAAAAGAAACUUCAAGAACAAAAGGUGGUCAAGAAACUGGAAGCAGGCAUGAAAAGGCAAAAGCGAACUACAAGCGACAAGCGGCAGGCGAAAAGGUGA